GUUAGAAGUGGGUCAGGACUACACUGGACGGUCCCCCGGUAGGUUCAGACGCCCGGAGCGUCGCGCAGUAAAAACUGCCCCAUACCUGCUAGCCGUCCGCCACACUGCACGGCAGAUAAGCUACCGGGUCCACUGUGUUUGUUUACGUUGUUCGUUCAAUACAUCGACUGCGUGUGAACAAGAAACAGAGGCGAACUUCGCUGGACUGCGAUCAAGACCCACAGAAGAGGGACAGAGAGAAGAUUUGACGAUCAUCACAACAGAGGAAGAAGUAAAUAGAUUUCGAGACGAUGGCAACUACAGCAUACCUCGUCUUCUUCGCUCUCGUUCCCACCGUUCUGUCGACCGUUGAUUGGUGGGAAGUUGUCAUGGGGAUAGGUGACGUCAUGGCGGACCACUACUUGGACCAGGACCUGAGGGCACUAGAUGACCACACUCUGUUACAGCGGUGGAACCAGACACUCGUGCGCAGGUUUCAGUCAUGGUCACAGGAUGACAUGAGAGACCCCUUGCGAUUGGAAGAGGGACUGACCUCAGAGCUACAGGACAUCACAGGAGACGAAACCAUAAAGGUUUGGGACUUCGGAAAAUACGAGAAUACUACACAGGAACCUGUACCAAGGGAGUUCUACAACUUCAGCACGUUUGUAGAUAACUUCAGGAAAAACCGGGAGAGGUACAUCAACGUGACCCUGCUGGCAGGACAGAUCGGCUACGUGUCCAUCAGGUCCAUGUCAGACAUCGUCGACGUCAUCUUACCGGAUCCGGAAAUGACGGAGUUCUUUCUCGGCAAGAUGGCGGCACUGAAUGAAUCAAAGGCUAUUAUAUUGGACCUUCGGCACAAUCUUGGAGGAGAUAGAGAGGGCGUGGUCCACUGGGCGUCUUUCUUCUUCAACGCUACUCCGUCUGUGCCGCUGUCGGACGUGUACUAUAGGGACGGCGUCAACCAGUACUGGACGUUACUGGAGGUGCCAGGAGGUAUCAGAUAUCCCGACAAGCCACUGUACCUGCUCACCAGCAACAGGACCCGGAACGAGGCGGAGGAGUUCGCGUACGCCAUGCAGGUUGUGAACAGGACCACCAUCAUCGGCGAAACGACGGCCGGAGUAGAGUUCACGGGGAUGUGGUUUCCUAUCGAGGAGACGGAUGUCCACCUCCUGACCAGGACCAACGUCGUGCGGAACCCCAUCACUCAGGACAGCUGGAGCGGCAAAGGGGUGACACCAGAUAUUAUGGUACCGAGGGCGGAGGCUCUAACCGAGGCGCUGCGGAGAUUGCGCGGUAACGAGGACACCAACAUGGCCGCCAGCUCUGGGAACACAUACCCUCCCAGAUGGACCGUCUUUCUGGUAUUUAUAAGCACAGGAAUAAUCCUGCUCACAUCGCCCCCCAAGUUUGUUUUUUGAGCAAACAGUGGUCAGGAAAGAUGAAUUUGUUUGGCAUAAUGUUAUGCUCGACAAAUUGCCACAUAAAUUGAGAUGUUCCGCCACCAUUUUACGUAAUAGUGGAGGUAUCAACCACAUCGCCUGACGUUUUUAAAUUACCUGCUAGGUGUCGCUGUUGUGUGGUCAAACAUUUUACAGUGUCAUACCAAUAUCCUCCUUGGUCAUACAAGUUCAAUUAGUGAUUAUCAAUCAACCGAUGACACACUUCUUUUACAAUAUGGUGAUUUGGUCGUUGUGGAAGUGGCCGUUUCCUCAAGUUCAAAGUCGGUUUACCUGUUAAGAAACUUUAUUGUCACUUUAAAUCUGACUAAUUCAGAUCCUAUUACAUAUUGCUGUUUAUAUUAGAACAUAAACUAUUACGUAUUACUGCUAGUUGCAUUAUAGAAAAGAACUGUCUAGAAAGCGAAGUUAACGGUUUGUGUAAAUAAUGUUCAUAUUGUUCUGUGUAAUAACUUUGAAACCAC